AUGGCUGUCGAGAAGGGACCUGUUUCUCCCAUACCCAUUCCGGAGCUCACCAAGAUCGCCACAGAUGCUUGUGAUGUGGCCCUGAAGAGCGCCGAGGGUUACGAGCACGCCAAGGUUGGCGAAUGGAAUUCCCAGAUCAUUAACACUAUCCUCAAGGCCCUCAUUGCAGCUACCGCACCAGAGUCUCCUGCGACAUCACCUCCAUACCGGUUCACCGUCAACAGCACCAUCGUUCAACAAGGCUUGAUCGAUAAGUCUUCCGCAGCAGACGGGGCCGUAAGCAAUGCCGGCAAACGUGGUAUGCACUCUGCCUCAGGCGCCUUCUGGGACGUCAACCGUGAUGGAAUGUGGACAUUCAAGUACCCCGGGGCUGAAGAGCGGGGCCUCGAUGUCGUUGUCAGUGUGACAUGGUUUGCUCUGGGCUAG